GAGACUACAUUGAUUUCUUGGAAUCCAUAAUGAUAGUCCAAGGUCUGAAAUCAAGCUCAAAAGGGAAGGAAAAGCGAAAAUCUUUUGGGUAAUCUCRGCUUCCAAAGUUUGCCUCGUAGUGUACUGUCAGAUAUGGCAGCGAAAGGUAGUGACAUGUCUGAGCUUGUCAAGGUACCGCAAGAAUUAAGGGGUCUAGUAAUAGGAAAGGGAGGAAAGUACCUCCAAAAGAUAGAAGCCGAGUCUGGAGUGAAGAGGAUAGAAGUUAAAGGUGAUGGGGUCCAUCUGCGAGGGACUCUGCAACAAAUAGAAAAAGCCAGACAGAUGAUCUYAUCAAUUAUUCAAGCCAAAGRAUGUAAAGCUGAGAAAGACGUCAAUUUUGAUCAUAAGUUUUCUGGCUGUCUGAUUGGUCCAGGGGGAGCAACAAUACGCAGAAUCCAAAAGGAAACUGGUACACAUAUACGAAUAGAUAGAGACACUGGUGUUGCCCAUAUUACAGGUUCUACACAAGAACUCGUUGAUCGUGCAGAGCAAAAAAUACUCGAGCUAGUGUCGCAAAAACAAGAAGAGACAAUUUCCUGGGAAAAGAAAGAUGUGGAGUUUCCAGCUGGCUUAGUAGGUUUACUCAUUGGUCCCCAAGGAACAACACAACGUGGAAUUCAAGAUGAGACAGGAACAGAAAUAUGGAUAGAUGCAGAAAACCUUGUYGCUAAGAUCAAAGGACCUACACAAGAAAAAGUACAAGAUGCAGAGCAAAGAAUUAAGACCUUGGUAUCGGACAACGAUGCACACAAAAAAGCACAUAGUCGUCAGUKCCGUCACAAACCUGAAAGGCUUGCUUUGGUUGAUAAUACAUGCAUCGGUCAAGAUAACUACUUUAAACUUCAACCAAUAAAAACUGAUCACACCAGUAAAAUUAAUUACGAACUUGUGAUGGAGGGAGAUACUGAAACUGAGGAAAAAGAGAUGGACUACAUUUCUGAGCUGAAGGAAGCAUUACUGAAAGUUCUUCGUAAAAUUCGAAAGAUGGACGAUAUAGGAAACAUCAGAACAGAUAUGUGGUGCCACUUUGGUCACGCGCACAUUCACAGUGUUGAUGAAGAGGAUGCUGGACAAACUUAUGAGUUGAAAGAAAUCAAUGAAAACUUACAAGACGAAAAGAACUCUCCUUGGAAGGUGUACUUCGAUGCAGGUGUCAAGGAGCUAGAAUACAAAGCCCUUGAAGAAGCACUUGAAGGACGUGCUUUAAGAGUUAAACCAAAUACCAGAUUUGACUAUACGUUUAUCAGCCCGACUAGACAUCGAAUCCGCUUCAAGGCUUUUGUGCCUGACUCAAAUGAGUCAGAAGACGGUUGCUUUUCUUUCCAAGAUGAUAUCGUACCGAUCAAGAAUACCUUAGCUGAUCAGUCCUCUUUCUACAAGUAUCGUUUGUGUGCCCCUUCACAGACCCGCCUUAAGGUGGAUAUACUCAUACCUUUCCUCACAUUCGACUGCCAUCUCGUCUUGCGAACAACCAUGAAGGAAGUGAAAGACGUCAGCCAACAAGAAGAAGAUCAAACCUUGAUCAACUUUUUAGAUGAAAACUUGAAAUACGAGAACAAGAAUGUCACGUUGCCAUUAAAUGAACUACCUAGUGGUUUUUCUGUUGUAUACAGACGUCGAGCCAACCGCUGGACGUAUCCUUGUUCGUACCCGGAUGCCGAUGACACCAAGACGGAGUUCAACGUCAUGAUAUCGAAAGAGGAUUUUCAAGCAGAGUCACCUGAUCUCCGCAGUAUGAAGGAGGACGUUCAAACAAAAACUGACAUCCAUGUUCACUCUGAUGAAUGGGAUAAAUUGCUCGACCAAGAGGACUGGGAACCGGAAGCCAUUGUCAGCAAACUACCAGCUUUUUUGAGAUUUCUGAGAGCCGUUCAACAAAACCUUAAGGUUCGCAAUGCAGAAGUGGAUGAAUGAUAUAUUCUUUUCGGUCCUUGCUAURAGAGUCCUAUUUUUWAUAUUUUUUAUAUUUUUUCACUUUAUAUUCAGAAAGAAAGGAAAUAGAUGCUACUCCUUUCACUAA